CUCGUUUAUUUUGCGACCGCACCGGCUCAAAUUCUCUCUGGCUAAAGCUACAUCCAUAGACAGAAAAAUAUAAAUCAUAGUGUGAAUAAUACCAGAAGUGAUGCUUCUUGGGGAAUCUUCCGCUCAACGCUUCAAAAUGUAAUUCAGCCACCAGACGCCUCGGAAGACAACAAGCCCCAGUUUGCUCUGAAUCAACACGGUCUGUUUCAUAGUUUUGUUGCAUACUAAAGAGGGAAUCUGGAAAUUCCAUUAGCAUUCCUGAGCUCCUUCACUAAAGCCGGUCUGGGGGCUGGAAGCAGGUCCCACUGUGUAUCCCCCACUUGUCACUCCUGUGCACCACACUGGGCUCUAGUAGCCCCUCCAUGCCUGUGAUCCCCAUCCCACGCAGGGUGCGCAGCUUCCAUGGCCCCCACACCACCUGCAUGCACUCUGCCUGCGGCUCGGCGCACACCAACAAGCUGGUGCGCACCAAGUACAACAACUUUGACCUUUACCUGCGCUCCCGGUGCAUGUACAGCUUCCUGCGCUUCUUGCUGUACUUUGGCUGCAGUCUGCUGACCUCCCUUCUUUGGGUGCUCCUCUCUGCCCUCUUCUUCCUGCAGUACGUCAGUGUGCGCGUCCUCCUUCGGCUGCAGUACAAGCUUUCCGUCAUCCUACUUCUGCUCGGACACCGGCGCCUGGACUUUGGCGUGCUCAACGAUCUGAUUAUCUACAGCAUGCACAUCACCAUGUUUCUGGUGGGGGGACUCGGCUGGUGCUUUAUGGUGUUUGUGGACAUGUAGCUGAACUGCUGAGAAUGUUGAAAAGACUGAAAGGGCGCAAUGAGGAGGCAUCACACGGCAACUUGAGCAUCAUGUGGUGCUAGACGGGAAAGUACCUGUGACAUUUUUUGCCAGAUGCAACUGUAGCUCAGCUAAGAUUUGUCAUCCUUAAAAAAAAAAUUCUGUCUUGCUAGACUUCUGAUCCAUUCAACACCAAGUCACAUCACUAUUUCGUCUUUAUAAACAAACCAUCAAGAUUCUGUGUACUUGAUCAUUGCCUACUGGUUUGCUUCCGUUGCUUAUUAAAUGUUUUGAAAAAUUGUGUAAAUAAUUUGCCAUAAAAAUGCUGAAAUAGCACAUAGAAACUUCUUAAAAUCUCAUUACGAUCAGGGGAAAAAAAUUAUAUUCCGUCUUGUUCUUGUUGAUUGUGGUUGACUCAUAUACUCAUAUUGACUCAUAUAAAUAAUAAAUUAUAGAAUUUGAUUAAACCAACCAUA